ACAAGAAAACAAGUAGCCGGUGACCCCUAGAGCGCGCGCGCGCGCACACACAUAAGGAGAGAGAGAGAGAGAUUAAAGUAGAGUUCUGGGAGAAGCUCGUGUACAUCAGAAGAAGUCGCGCGCUACAUUGUAACACUUUGUAACUCUUUGCUUUGUUGUUUGUUUUUUGUUGUUUUUAAACCCCGCCACGAUGGGAGGAGCUCACUCUGACAUGUUGUUAUUAUUAUUAUGAGGAAUCCUCUCCGACUUGACUUUGUUCCUCGGCGUGUGUUUCACUCUUUAACCCGAUGGAGAGCGUGGGAAAGUACGAGUUCAGCAAGAAGGACCUGAUCGGACACGGCGCCUUCGCGGUGGUCUUUAAAGGGAGACACAAAGAGAAACAUGAGUUCGAAGUGGCUGUGAAGUGCAUAAAUAAGAAGAAUCUGGCCAAGUCGCAGUCCAUCCUGGGGAAAGAGAUUAAAAUAUUAAAGGAGCUGAAACAUGAGAACAUCGUCGGUUUACUGGAUUUUCAGGAAAUCUCAGGUUGUGUCUACCUCGUCAUGGAGUACUGCAAUGGCGGAGACCUGGCCGAGUACCUGCACUCCAAGGGCUCUCUAAGCGAGGACACCAUCCGGAGCUUCCUACAGCAGAUAGCGGGAGCCAUGAGCGUCCUGCGGGGUAAAGGCAUCAUCCACAGGGACCUGAAGCCGCAGAACAUCCUCCUGUCCUACAGCGCGGGACGCAGGGUCGGCCCCAACAACAUCUGCAUCAAACUGGCUGAUUUUGGCUUCGCGCGGUACCUCCAGGGGAACACGAUGGCCGCUACACUCUGUGGUUCUCCCAUGUACAUGGCUCCUGAAGUCAUCAUGUCGCAGAAUUAUGAUGCCAAAGCUGACCUGUGGAGCGUCGGCACCAUCGUCUUCCAGUGUCUGACUGGCAAAGCACCAUUUCAGGCGAGUAGUCCUCAGGAGCUGCGGCUGUUCUACGAGAGGAACCGGAAGCUUAACCCGAACAUCCCUCGGGAAACCUCCAGUCAUCUGAGGCGUCUGCUGCUCGGCCUGCUCCAGAGGAACCACCGGGACCGCAUGGGCUUCGAUGAGUUCUUCCAUCAUCCGUUCCUGGAAGUCAGCGUCGCUGUGAGAACCUCCUCUCCUGUGCCCAUGCCGUCGUACCCCAGCUCAGGAUCUGGAAGUUCCAGCAGCGGCUCCUCAACCUCCAACCUCACCCCCACACAGUCGGACACUGAAGUCCAAAGGCCACACCCACUACACAAAGCCACGCCUCCUCCGUGCUCCCGGCUGAAGGGCUCGUCCUCCUCGGAGACCGACGACUUUGUCAUGGUGCUAGCGCGGUCUCCCAAUGAGACAGCGGAUCAGGACAAUCAGGAAAUGGGGAUCCAGAGUGGGUGUUCUCUGUUGAGUCCAGAAACACCUCCAUCUUCUCCGUGUCUCCAUACAUCGCCAAGCCCUACCAGACCCGCGGAGUGCGGUGGUAGCACCUACAGCCGGUCAGUGCCUGUUCCCGUGCCUACACAAAUCCACAACUACCAAAGGAUGGAGCAGAACCUGCAGGGAGCAUCGAGGACUGCACAAUUACCCACAACCCCUUGCUGCACUGGUGGGUUGCCCAGAGACUCCUGUAGUCCAUCCCACCGCCGACUGAGCACAGGGGGGUCCAGACCUCACCAGCCGUCUCCUAAAGUGGGAACGAUACCCGAGUCCCCCGACCAAUCAGAGCCUCGGGGCAGCAGGACGGGACUACAGGAUGUCCACGCCCGUCCACAGAAUCAGGCUUUCCUUCUUUCCCCCGCCAUGGAAAACCACCAGCACAGUCCAGACGCAGUCGUCCACAGGUGGGAGGUGAGCAGGCGAGCCAGCCUUCCCAGCACCCUGAACCACACCAGGACUCUGGCUGACCUCCAGGAACCCCGCGUGACCCCACAGAGGAGGAGAGGCUCGAUGAAAAGGUCCAGUAGCGCGGGCAGGCUGUCCGAUAUCCUGCUGAAGGCCGUGUUUGGGACUCAUGUGGACCGGGGCAGCUGUGAGGUCCUGAAUACAGAGAGACUCAUGGACACUACGGCGCCCUCUGGUGGAAUUGCUGGUGUAGAGCACGGCUCACGGAACCCCGCUCAUGUCCUCUUCACUGUAGGCACCCCUCCGGAUGGACACGCUCCACCUUCGAACGGCAGAUGCAGACACUUCUCAGUGUCCUCGUCCAGUCCUGAGAGUCCCGGCUGGACGUGCGGUCACUCCCCGAAGCCCUACAACUCACCAGAGAGGUACUGCUGCGCUCAUGACAUCAUGUCCUCCGAUCUGCCCGCGGACACGGCCUUCGUGCCUCCUGAGCUCCCGGCGGAGACGCUGAUGGAGCAGGAUCACACGGACACGCUCACUCAGCUGCGCUUCACCCUGGCCUUCGCACACUGCGUGAUGGACAUGGCCGCCGCAAAGGAUGCUGGGAUCGAGAGGAGCGAGUCGUCCGACGCCUCCUUCCUGGAGCAGAGUCAGGUGGCCGAUCAGAUAAGCCAGCUGAGCCGAGAGUGGAGUUGUGCAGAGCAGUUGGUCCUGUAUAUGAAGUGUGCCGAGCUCCUAUCCAGCGCCUUACACACGGCCAAGGAGGCGAUCAAACAGGGCAAACUCUACCCAUCCGCGUCUGUCAAACAGGUAGUGCGUAAGCUGAACGAGCUGUACAAGGAGUGUGUGAUGUCGUCUCGCGCUCUCACUGCGAGGCUUCAGCUCUUCUUCAGCACCAAGCAAAGGCUGAUGGACCGCAUGAACAACAUCACCGCCGAGAAAAUCAUCUACUCUAACACCGUCCAGAUGGUUCAGGCUGCAGCUCUGGAUGAGAUGUUCCACCACGGCGAGGCCUCGGUCCAGCGCUACCACAAAGCCUUGCUGCUGAUGGAAGGCCUGUCCUCAAUCAUCACCGAGAGCUCCGACCUCAACAACAUCAACAAAUGUAAGCAGUGUAUCGAGCGGCGUCUCUCCUCCCUGCAGCCAGGACCGUGUUUGUGACCACACGUUUUCCUCUCAUACCAAACGAAUCUUCAUCCCUUAUUCACGCACACGUCUUAAUUUAUGCGACCUGCUUCCGUGUGCUGAAUAACACCGAUAUCUAGUAAGGAAAAACAUAAAAGGUGUGCGGUUACAGGAAAACCAUCAACAACAGGAUGAAACUACUAAAGAAGCUGAUUAAGCUUAUUAUUUUUCGAUCGUUGGUUCGAUUCCCGGGUGAUGCUGUAACCUCUCGCAGCUGGAGGUUUAGAGAGAGCUGAUUGGCCGAGCUCUCUCACAGGGGAGGGAUGAGAGGUCUUUAGUGCGCCUACAUUAAUCUCGGCUCUACAGCCAAUCAGGGGAGUCUGUGAGCUCACGCACGCGGAAGGAGCGGAUAGCGCGGUCCUCCGAGUGUGUUACUCCGCCCCUAACGGUGCAUGAGCAAGCAGUUCGAAAAGAUGCGGUCGGCUGGCGUCACGUGGUUCGGAGGAAACACGUGAUAGUCUUCAGCUCUUCCGACCGAGUGGUAGUAGUAGCCUUAAUGUGGGAGCCCCCUAGUGACGGGGAGGAAUUGGACACGACUAAAUUAGGGAGAAAAUCGGGAAAAAAUACUAUUGCAAUUGCUUGUUUGUUCAUUUUUUUAAAAACAAACAGUAUUUUGUACUUUUUGUCCAUUCAUAGUUAAUGUGGCGCACAGAAUGUUACGAUACAGUAGGUGUUGUUGUUUUUUAUAUAUAUUUGGAGAUGGAGCUCUAGCUUACCAGCUCUGACACUGGAGACUCCUUCCGUAAAUUACAGAAAACAAAUGAACGAUUAUAACCAAUAGGAACUCAUUUAUGAUAAGUCUAGAUUUAAGGCUAGAUUAUUAUUAGUUUGAAGCUCUUAGAUUAAACUGGUUUGAAGGGUGUUUUGAAAUGUGUGUGAAUCAGUUCAUCAGGCUUCAUGCAGGACUUUAGCAUCAUAAGUCCUUGACUACGAUUAAUAACACCACAUCCAAUUCCAAAUCAUAGUUUCUCAUUAGAGAGAUUGUGUGUGUUUGUGUGAAAAGUGCAGAAUGAGCACUUUUGCUUCUUACGCUCUCUAAAGCAUGGAUUUGCAUGAACAAAGAACCAGGCCGGUGAUUGAGGUGGAGCCGUUCGCAGCCAUGGCAGACGGACCGCUGGUGAUCAAGUGAUGUGUCAGUGAUUAGACCAAGCGAAAGCAUUCUUUUCUGACCGUUGAAUUGCCGUGUGAUCUUUUAACUCUUAUGCUGUACUCAAUAUUUAUCAGAUCUGGAUGUACUUUGAUGAAACAGCUGCUGUAGCUUUUAUUCUUUACAAAUGUCUUUACGAUGAAGCACUUUACUGAGAAGGAGAGCGCCGGCCGAGCGCCCGAACGAGUCUACUGUAGCAAAACUCGCUUAAUAGCUUUCAUUUAACUUAUUCUGUUUUAUGGAGCACAUUUUUUUAAAUGCACACGACUCACAUGGAUCAAGUGUUUAAAACUUUUUUUUUUUUUUGGUGUUUUUGAAUUUUUUAAAAUUGUAUUAUUAUUAUUAUUAUUAUGUUGCCUUUUUGUGUAUGUGUGUGUGUGUGUGUGUGUCUGUGUUUUUUUUACAUAUUUUAGACAAUGGCCUUAACACCAAAUGCACAUGAGCACCUGUUGUAUGAUGUUUGUGAAGUUUGAAUGUUUGUCUUUUUAUUUUCAAAAAGCCAAGGUUUGUAAUGUUCGUGAUGUGUGGAUUUGUAUUGAUUAAAAAUAAAGUUUGGUUGCA